CUGAAUCUUUUAAGAACGCACUAGAGAAGCAUGUCUGCGGAUGAAAGUGAAGAAAGUUACGGCUAUUCGAGCGAUGACUCUGAUAAAGAGGUACUUGUGGCAUAUGAAAAAGGAUUAUUAAAGGCAGACAAGUUAAAUAUAGAACAGGAGAAAAGGGAGUUUAUCAAUAAAAUAGAUGGCCUUAAAUCGAAAACUGAAGAGUUUAAAAAGAAAGACCUUCCAUGGCCUGAGAGAUUAGAUUUAACAGUAGCUCCAGCUAUGGCUCCAUCGGCUAUUAAAGAUCAGAUCCUUGACAAUCCAGAGGACAUCAACGAUGAUUUCAAAAGAGAGAUGUAUUUUCAUAGGUUAGCACAGGCUGCUCUUGUCAAAGGUCUACCGCGUUUGAAAGCUUUCAAUAUACCAACUAAAAGACCAGAUGAUUAUUUAGCUGAAAUGGCAAAAUCAGAUGCUCACAUGACCAGAGUUAGAGAGAACCUCAUCACCAAGAAACUUUCUUUGGAAAGAUCAGAAAAAGCAAAGAAAUUGAGAGAGAUGAGAAAGUUUGGUAAACAAGUUCAACAGGAAGUCCUUGCUAAAAGGCAGAAAGAGAAAAAAGAAAUGAUGGAUGCUGUAAAAAAAUACAGAAAAGGCAAAAAAGAAUCUUUAGAAUUCUUAGAAGGUGAUGAAAAGAAAGGAAAGGAUAAGAAUAAAAAUAAAAAUAAAAAAACAAAUACUAAACGAGACAAGAAAAAUGCCAAGUUCGGAUUCGGUGGUCAAAAGAAACGUUCCAAGUAUAAUACUAAAAAUAGUGUGGACGCGGUUUAUUCUGAUUUCAAAACGAAAAAGAAUGCGAUGACUCCAGGCAAGGCCAAACAAGCUAAACGGCAAGGACAAAAAAGGCCUGGUAAACAACGCCGUCAAAAAGCUCGUGGUAAAAAAUAA